GAAGCUGUGAUUGAAUGGUACCGUUUAACAAGACAAAAAGAUGGUAAAAAAGUUGUUGGUAGAAUGGUUUUGAGUUUGAAAGCAAAACAACAUCUUGUUUUUUUGGGUUGGAAGCUUUGGUAUGUCGACAAAAAAUGUAAAUGGGAAUUGCGUUAUACUUGUCCUACCACUGGAAAACAUUAUAUCACUCUUAAGAAUGCAUGUGAAAGGUGUAUUCAAGAUGGAAGUUGUUCCAUCAAACCGAUGAAGUCAAACAAACGAUUGAGAGAUUCUAAAGAAUAUGAUCAAUCAAGUUCAAGUUCUAGUUCUGAUGAUGAUUCUGAUGUUAGUGACACUAUAACUUCAACUUCAAAGGAAAAUGAGAAAUGUUCGAGUCGAUGUGAGUCGGGAUCGGAAGUUACUAAUUCUAUGCAGAGUGAUAGAAUAGGAAAGGUAUUAAAGAUGAGUGCAAUGGAGAAUUUUUCAGAAGGUUGUAACAAAAGAGGGGAGGUAAUGAAUGUGAGUACAAGGAAAAGGUGUACUCUUCUUUAUUGGUUGAUAGAUAAUCGAGUGUUGGCUUCGGGGACUAGUGUGUUAUGUCGUGGUGGUAAUGAUAUUGUCAAAAAAGGGAAUAUAUUUUGUGAUGGUAUAGUUUGUGAUUGUUGUCGUGAUAAUUUCACUAUGACUGCAUUUGAGGCGCAUGCUUGUUGUACAAGACGUAGACCAUCCACUAGUAUCUGUUUAGAAGACGGGAGGUCGUUGUUCGAAUGUCAAAGAGAAGCUCUGAGUUCAUGUGGUAAAGAGGGGAGUCAUUUUGUUGGCGAAGAAAAGAUGGAAAAAUAUAAUGAUGUUGUUUGUUUAGUUUGUGGUUUAGGAGGUGAGAUAAUACUAUGUGAUCAAUGUCCUUCUUCGUUUCAUCUUGGUUGUUUAGGUCUUGAUCGAGUUCCCGAUGGUGAUUGGUUUUGUCCAACUUGUUGUUGCAAAAUAUGUCAUCAACCUAAAUGCAAACAUGAAGAAUGUGAAGAUGAAGAGGAUAAUGACAUUAUUGUUAUUUGUGUUCAAUGUGAGCAAAAAUUUCACUCUGGAUGCUUAAAGACGAUAGGAAUUGGUGGCGUGGAGAGCAACGCUAAAAAGAAGAAUUGGUUUUGUAGCGUAGUUUGUGGGAAAAUGUUCUUGUGUCUAAAAAACAUGUUAGGAAAAUCGAUCAAGGUUGCAAAUGAUCUAACUUGGACAUUGUUUAAGAAUGUGAGUAACAGUGAUGAUGAUGGAGAUUUUACUUCGGACGAGUUUAGUCAAAAUAAGAGUAAGUUGAAUGCGAUUUUUGGUGUAUUGCAAGAGAGUUUCGACCCGAUUGUUGAUGUUAUAACCAAAAGAGAAUUGAUUGAAGAUGUUGUUUUUAGUAGAUACUCAGAACAUAAUCGUUCUAACUUCAGUGGUUUCUAUAAUGUGAUUUUAGAAAAAAUGGCUGAAGUGGUUUCUGUGGCAACUAUAAGAAUUUAUGGUCCAAAGGUUGCGGAAAUAGUUUUUGUGGCUACCAAAAAACAAUAUCGAAGACAAGGAAUGUGUUGGUUGUUGAUGGAUGAGCUUGAGAAACACAUGACCAACUUAGAAAUAAGGAGUUUGAUUUUGCAUUCCUCUAAAAGUACUAUAAACACUUGGACAAAAUCAUUUGGGUUUGCAAUAAUGUCGGCUAAGGAUAAGUCUCAAUUUAUUAAUCAUACACUUCUAGAAUUUCAGAAUACUAUCAUGUGUCUUAAAUUACUUAAUAAAUCACUUAAUAGACGAAUAUGA